GCUCCUGGACAGUCAGUCCUCGUCUCCGAGCGUCCUCUGAUAUCACCGUCUCCUCUGUGAUGUAAUCGUUGACCUACUUUGUGACCUGUGAAGAUGACGGACGCUCUGAGGAUGUUAUACGCCGCUCUGAUGGUGGUGUCCGGCGUGGCUUCAGUCUGUGGGAACCUCCUCCUCCUGCUGGUUCUCCUCCUGAAUAAGGAGCUGCGUACGGACGCACUGGGCCUCACUCUGAGCUUCAGCCUCAGCGACCUGGCUCUCGGACUCUCCAUCAUCCCGUUCGGGGUCUACAACAGUCUGUCCUGGUCUUCGUGUUGUGCCAGCGAGGGCGCCCUCUGUCAGGGCAGCGGCUUCAUCUUCCUUCUCCUGCAGACCUCCUCCAUGCACUCGCUCACCUGGGCCACCGUCAACAAAUUCACUGAGAUCUGCUUCGCCCUCAGCUACAGCCGCGUGUGGACAGAGGGGCGGAGUCGAGCCAUGCUGGUCCUGGUCUGGCUCUUCUGUCUGGUAACCGCCGCCCUCCCCCUGCUGGGCUUCGGCAGCUACGUCUACAGCGAAUCUCGCUUCCUGUGUUGCCCCAACUUUACACCUGAGGACAGGUGCUUUGUGCUGAUGUGGAUGCUGGCGGGCAUCGUGGCGCCAAUCGUCACCAUGUGCUCUCUGUAUGGGUACAUCGUCUACGUGGCCACGAAGCAGGCCAGGAGGGGGACGUUCAUGUGCAACGAGCUGCACUGCUACUACGUUCCUGCUAACAACUACCUGAGGAGCUCCGUCGUCAUGGUCACCACUUCAGUGUGUUUGUUGGUGUGCUGGUUGCCCUACAUCUCAGUGUGUCUGUACGAGACAUUCAGUGGUGAAGAGAGUCCUGCUGUGACCUCUGCCCUCUCCGCCUGGCUGGUUCUGACCAGCUCCGCCCUCAACCCUUGGAUCACCUGUAUGACCCAGACCAGGUACCGGGCCGCCAUGCGUCGCCUUAUCAGCAGGUUUAUUUCAAUGUUCCUGUGUUCUGAGACACCUCUGGAGUCCCGCCACCAGACCUCCGCCCUCCACCUGGACACAGCCAAUCGCAUCAGCACAACCACGAGGACUACAGCAGCAUCCUGCCCGCCAUCCUCACCAGAAACUACAACACCACUGUGAUCACCGGAUGUGAGCUCAACCUCCUCAUCAUCACUUAGCCCACAGACAGAGACUAUCCCCAGACCCACCUGUGACAGACCCACCUGUGACAGACACACCUGUGAUGCACUGCACUAUGGGAAAUGUAGUUCAGCUUUCCAUAUGACCUGAACACAUUCCUCCUAUCGCAGAGCUUUCAUUCACAGCGAUUUUUGGAAGCAGAGACACUAUCUCCAAGAGUCAGGUUGAAAUCUUUUAAAUGUCACCGUGACGCAUAUGUCUGAGGAAUCUGACGGUUCGGACUCCACAUGAAGACGGUUUGUUUUUCUAUGUGACAUUUUUGUGGGAGGAUUUAACGAGUCGGUAAAAAAGAGUGUUUCCGAUGUUUCAUUCAAAGAGCUGGACUUCAGGCUGUUAAAUAAUAAUAUCAUAAUAAAGACGUCGUGUUCAGAGA